CAGCGCAACCUAUAAAAAGUAAAGCGCUGGACAAAGUUAGUGAGUCAAACCUUUAGUUUUAACUUAAGAGAAUUACCUAAAGAAAUCACCUUCUGCAGAGAGAUGGAGCCCACCGAGGUGGUUAAACCAGAAACUCUGGAUGACCUGAUAAAAAUCCUGCAUAAGAUCUUCGAGAGUGACCGCAUCAAUGUGGAGGAGGUCCAAGAUAUAAUGGAAGCAUAUGAGAGCAACCCUCAGGAAUGGAAGAAAUACGCAAAGUUUGACCAGUACAGGUACACAAGGAACUUGGUCGAUGAGGGUAACGGGAAGUUCAAUCUCAUUAUUCUGUGCUGGGGUGAAGGCCACGGCAGUAGCAUCCACGACCACACAGACUCCCAUUGUUUCAUGAAGCUGCUGCAGGGUCAGCUGAAGGAGACGCUGUUUGACUGGCCGGACAGUAAAUCACAGGGAGAAAUGGUCCAGAAGUCACAGAGAAUUCUCCAGGAAAACAAAGUUGCUUACAUAAAUGAUUCCAUCGGCCUGCAUCGUGUAGAAAACGGCAGCCACACAGAGGGCGCAGUCAGUUUGCACCUGUACAGUCCCCCCUUCCAGACCUGCCAGACCUUUGACCAGCGGACAGGGCACAGGAACACUGUCAAGAUGACCUUCUGGAGCAAAUACGGGGAGAAGACUCCACUUGAGACCACAGUCUCACAAGAGAACAACUAAUGGUCACCAAAGGAGGAUCCUGAUAACGUAUGCAUUCAAAACGACAAUAUUGUGAAAAUUAUUCAAGGGAAACUGCUGGGGAAGCGAAAUGUGGACAUACUAUGACUAAGCAACCCAUUUAAAAAUCAGAAGCACGUCAGUUCAAAAGGACAACCCAGCAAUUAGAAUGGCUUUAUCGCUGCCCAGUGUGAGCUUGGCAAAUACUGAUGAGCACAGGACGAAUGCAUGAAUAGGCUUGGACAUGGAAUGAAUCUGCCUUUUGUUUGCCUGAGGAGAGCCAUUUCCAAUAACAACAUUCCAGUCUAUCCACGACCUGUGUAACCACACUUUUGUAAAGUUAUGGCCCAUAGUCAAAGAGUAAGGCUUUAGCAUUUUUUUUUUAAAGUGGAAAAUUUUUUAUUGCUGUUAUAGUGUUUAAAUUUUCUAUCUCAAGAAAAGGAAAAACAGCUCUGCAAUCAACUGUUUUGUUAUCAAUGGAGCACUUUUAUAGCUGUAUUUACUGUCAAUGUAUACCACUCGAAAUUGUCCUAACUCUUGCUGAAAAUUGUGAUGAUGUAAUAUUGUUUGUAUAAUCUAAUUAAAAAAAAGAUUGUUCCAAUUGCAUUUGGAAAAAGAAAUGUAAAGCUUUAGAGAUGUGUUGUUUUUAAAAAGUGCGAUGGUUGUAAUUUAUUUGCAGGGGAAAAAGUGUUGAAAUCAGCAAGCUUCUGUGUUACUCCUAAAUGUAUUGACCAAGAGAUUCUUUUGUAUUAUUAGCAGACAAUAUUUUUAGAUAAAACUUAAACCUUUUCUCAGGAUUUUGGCAUAUUUUAAUUGUAGCUGUAUUUAUAUAGUGUGUAGUUUUCACCACAUAGCACCUCGCAUAGCACUGUCACAUGCAUGGAUGAUUUGUUGUGAUGCAGUAAAUCAUAAAUCUGGCCAUAACUGUAGAUCAAUAAACACCAUUACCCUUUCACAGAA